AUGGUCAAAAAUCUUGAGGUAACAGUUGCUUUCACUCAUUUAAUUUCUCAAGUACCUAUGUAUGCCAAGUUUUUGAAAGAUAUGAUCACUAAAAAGAAAGAUUUUGGUGGGAUAGAUAGAGUAGCUUUAACUGAAGAAUGCAGUAUUGUUCUACAAAAUAAAAUUCCACUGAAACUAAAAUAUCCUGGUAGUUUUUCCAUCCCUUGUCAUGUGGGUGCUUUGUUUAUAGAUAAGGCUUUGUGUGAUCUAGGUGCUAGUGUAUCUGUUAUGCCUUUAUCUAUCUUUAAUAAACUGAACUUGGGUGCUUUAAAGUACACACAGAUUACUCUGCAAAUGGCAGAUCGAUCUGUGAAAUAUCCUUUAGGUAUUUUAGAUGAUGUAUCUGUUAGAGUUGGAAAAUUCUAUAUUCCUGUGGAUUUUGUAGUACUUGAUAUGAAAGAAGAUAGUCAAAUUCCCAUUAUUUUGGGUAGACCUUUUCUAUGUACCGCAAGUGUUGUUAUUGAUGUAAAAUCUGGCUCUCUAACUUUGGGUGUUGGUGCUAUUAAGUCUCCUAUGCUUGAGCAUACAUGUUGCAGGAUUGACAUACUCGAUGAGAUCUCUGGAGUUAGUUUUUCACAAUUUUUGUCAGAUGAAUUAUUGGAGACAAGUCUUGAUCUGAAUGAUGGCCUUGACAUUAAUAAGGUAGUAGAUUGUAAGGUAAUGGAGACUAUUUGCUCUACUUCCGAACCACAGGUAAAGAAGUUAGAACUUAAACCUUUACUUUCUCACCUCAAAUAUGCAUUUCUUGAUGAUGUUGAGGAAUGCCCUGUAAUUGUCAGUACUAAACUCACAUAUAGCCAGCGUUCACAACUUCUUUUAGUGCUUCGCAUGCACAAGAAGGCUAUUGGGUAA